UGCCACUCACAAUCCGUCGCCUAGUUAUGUGUUGGGAAAAGGACUUUGCGAAAUAGCAGCGAUGUCAGUCCAGGUUUUGGCAGCGGAAAUGGCCGAGGUCGAAUUAAAAGACGUCCCCAGCAAAGCAUUAACACCCGAAUCGCCUCUGACAACAAAGGCAGACGACAAAGGGAUAGUUGAAAGCGAACCAAAAGCUGUCGCUACUUCGGCUACUACCCCAACGAUGGAGCCUAUCGUGAAAACCGGGGACCCGAGCCCUGGUUUUCUCACCCCGAACACUAAGAUGCCGCAGGCGUCCGCGAUGAAACGGACAGAUCCCCAACAAAACGGUGGAGAAGCUUUCGUAAAUCGCGACGGUACGGUGGCAGAGGCCCCAAGAUUGAAAAAGCAGAUCCAGUUUGCGGACCAAAAACAAGAGUUCAACAAACGUCCCACCAAGAUCGGCCGCCGCUCCCUGUCCCGAUCCAUCUCCCAGUCCUCCACAGACAGCUACGGCUCAGCUGCGUCGUACACGGACAGCUCUGACGACGAGACUUCUCCUCGGGACAAGCAGCAGAAGAACUCCAAGGGCAACGGAGACUUCUGCAUCAAGAACAUCAAGCAGGCCGACUUCGGACGCAGGGAGAUCGAGAUCGCUGAGCAAGAGAUGCCAGCCCUCAUGGCCCUGAGGAAGAGAGCCCAGGGAGAGAAGCCGCUGGCUGGGGCCAAAGUAGUGGGCUGCACCCACAUCACAGCUCAGACAGCCGUGUUGAUGGAGACGCUGUCUGCCCUGGGGGCUCAGUGCAGGUGGGCUGCCUGUAACAUCUACUCCACUCAGAAUGAGGUGGCAGCUGCUCUGGCCGAGGGAGGGUUCUCUGUGUUCGCGUGGAAGGGCGAGUCGGAGGAUGACUUCUGGUGGUGCAUCGACCGCUGCGUCAACCUAGAGGGCUGGCAGCCUAACAUGAUCCUAGAUGACGGCGGAGACCUGACCCACUGGAUCUAUAAGAAAUACCCCAACAUGUUCAAGAAGAUCAAGGGAAUCGUGGAGGAGAGCGUCACUGGAGUACACCGGUUGUACCAGCUGUCCAAGGCGGGGAAGCUGUGUGUCCCGGCCAUGAAUGUCAACGACUCUGUGACCAAGCAGAAGUUUGACAACCUCUACUGCUGCAGGGAGUCCAUCCUGGACGGUCUGAAGAGGACGACUGAUGUAAUGUUUGGGGGGAAACAGGUGGUUGUGUGUGGAUAUGGAGAGGUGGGGAAGGGUUGCUGUGCUGCUCUCAAGGCCAUGGGCUCCAUCGUGUACGUCACAGAGAUCGACCCCAUCUGUGCCUUGCAGGCCUGCAUGGAUGGCUUCAGACUGGUGAAGCUGAGUGAGGUGAUCAGACAAGUGGACAUUGUCAUCACUUGCACAGGUAAUAAGAACGUGGUGGUGAGAGAAUACUUGGACCGUAUGAAGAACGGCUGUAUUGUCUGUAACAUGGGACACUCAAACACCGAGAUCGACGUGGCGAGCCUGCGGACCCCGGAGCUGACCUGGGAGAGAGUGAGGUCACAGGUGGACCACGUCAUCUGGCCCGACGGCAAGCGGAUAGUGCUGCUGGCUGAGGGUCGUCUGCUGAACCUAAGCUGCUCUACGGUCCCCACCUUUGUCCUGUCCAUCACCGCCACCACUCAGGCCCUGGCUCUGAUAGAGCUGUACAACGCCCCGGAGGGACGCUACAAACAGGAUGUCUACCUGCUGCCCAAGAAGAUGGAUGAGUAUGUGGCCAGUCUUCACCUGCCUACGUUCGAUGCCCACCUCACUGAGCUGAGUGACGAGCAGGCUAAGUACCUGGGCUUGAACAAGAACGGCCCGUUCAAGCCAAACUACUACAGGUAUUAAACCAACUCUGAAAUGAAGAAAAUACGGAGGCUCCAAAAAUCGUACAGAACCCAGAAGAAAGGAGAGAGGAGGACGGAAUAGUCACACACCUGCUUUUUACAAGAGGGGAGGAGCUAUGUGCUAAUUGCUCCGAGUGGAGGGCGUGGCUUACCUGCGCUUUGGCAGUGUUUUAUUUAUUUCCGCUAGAAUAAUGUAACUCUAACCUUUUUUUGAGCUGCUCCUGCCAUUUUGCGCUCCUUAGCAAGCGUCUCCUGGAGAUUUCGUCUUCUCUUAGCUACUUGUCUGUCCGUCAGUCAGUCGUACGUAAACUCCGUUGCGAGAUCAUUUUAUUGUUCGUUUAAAACCUAAAAGAUGGAAAAACUAUUAAUGACGAAAAACCAAUGUACAAAAAAAUCUCUGUGUGAAUGAAAGAUGACCUCUGAAGAUUUAGUGAUGGACGUGUGGUUCAUGUCCUGUUGUCCGUAUUUCCUACUCUUGAUUUUUUUUUUUCAAAUAUAAAUUGAAGGGGAUUAGAUGAAGAGGUGGGAGAGGGGAGGUCAUUUGGUCCAAUCAUAUCCUGUUUUUGCUCAUUUGAUUCAGAUUUAUUCUCUGUCCUUGUUUUUAAGUAUGUUUUAAUGCGUUGGUUCUCCUAUUCCCCCAGUCAAACUGGACAGUGACAGGUGUGGGGGCGGGGUCUUUCCCUGUGAUUGGUUGGGACCUCUCUCCCGCACCUAUCGCUCAAACACAGUGAAUCCAUCUCAGCUCCCUGUACCACAGCCUCUCAAUAAUGAACUAUGUUCUUCAGCUCCCAAACUGCUCACAUGAUGCCAGUGUUGAAGUUAUAUGAAAAGUAUUUUGCCCGACCAGAGUUUAUGACAUCCAUCCACAAUGUCCGGAGCUAGAUUCUCCUUUCAAAGCAUUAUACUGUAUUAUAAACUGGGUAGUUCGAGCCCUGAAUGCUGAAAGCCGUGGUAUAUCAGACUGUAUACCACCAUGACAAAACAUUUAUGACCAUGUCCACCAUGUCCAGGCACUCUGCGUUGCGUCGUACAUAAGAACAGCCCUUAGCACAGGGUAUAUUGGCCAUAUACCACAAACCCCCUCGUACCUUAUUGCUUAAUUAGAGGCAUGACAGGUAUGAGAGAUCAUUACAAGGGGAUAUAUUUAGAUAUUUAUGUAGAAAUGUAGAUUUUUCUAUCUUUCCUCCGCCCAUCUAAUAUCUUACCUUUGAAAUUAAACAUCUGUCUCGCUAUAAAGAUAAGCAAUUAAAUGUUAUGAUAAAUGUGUGGUAUGAUUUUUUUUUUUUGAAAACUGUGACAGACUAUUUCAGUGAGAUACCAAAUGUACAGCAAGGCUCGUAGUAGUUUCUUUGGCCAGGUCCUCAAUAGUAAGCUGCUGUACCAAAACCUGUACAGUAAUUACAGCGCUAAAACCAAUUAGCCAUUGUCAGGCGUUAGUUGUGAUUUUAACUGCAGUGAGGCUAUAGCUUUAUGCCUGGAUCAUUACAUAUGCUUGUAAUUAGUUGGGGACCUUCACCACUUCAGACAUCAGUUUACCUCAUUGUUCCAAUUUAUUAUGCAUUUAUGAUAAAAGGUCAUAGUCACCUUUUAUAAAUGUCCAAGAUUUGGUGUCUUCGUUAGUUUGAGUUUUUCUGGUGAGGGCCAAACACCUCUGGUACGAUUUAUUAGUCCGGCUUAAUUUCCUCUGCGUUUUUUAGAUUCAACUUUGUUAGAAUCCCAGCUGUUAGGGUUUUCUCCUGAACCAAAAGCCCGUUACGACAAGCCAGCUGGGAGGAGCCAGCUGGGAGGAGCCAGCUGGGAGGAACCAGCUUUUCUUCUCAUUUAAAUUAUUAUUAUUUUUUUUAACAUCGUAUAGAAUGGACUUAAAUCCUUGAGAACAUACACCCAUAUUGCUCCCAUGUUAAUUAUGCCCAAACUAUACAUUCUAAAAUGCCACUGUGUUCAUGUCAUACUCGUGAGCUACCGUUUGUGCAUUUAUGCCCCCCAGCCUCCAUAAUAACCAUCUUCCAAGUCGGAGGCCCUGUGUGUGACCAUCCAUAAUGCCCAUAUUUCUGUUUGUCUGACUUUUUAGAACAUUAUCCUUGUGCUGAUUAUCUCAUCUGUUAGAGUCGUGUGUGUGUGUGUGUGUGUGUGUGUGUGUGUGUGUGUGUGUGUGUGUGUGUGUGUGUUAGGGUCAUGUGUAGUAGGACAUGGUUGCUUCGAUACAGUUGUCUCAGGAUCAUAGCCUGUGCAUUUCCCGGGGGUGAAAGAGCAUUUGUCGGUCCAAUAGCUGCGUCACGUGGGCAGGGUUAACGCCAGCAUCUUGUAUGGUUAACUCAAAAGUAUAGGAAUUCCAGCAUAUCAACUCUUGUAUUUAUUGUUGUAAAUCCACAGUCAGUACAAAUGGAACAUUUUUUUUUCUCAAAUUAAGUUGUCGAAACAAUGUUUAAAUAUUGCAAGUGAUAAUGAUAGAUGAGCAAUAAUAAAUCUAAUCUUAAAGAAUAAAAAUGUCGUCUAAUA